AUGAGAGCCACGCCGCCGGCCAGCUUCCUCCUCUCUCCCAGCACCCGCCCGCCUGUCCGGCGUCCCCGAGCAGCCGCACGCCCGCACGCCGCCGGCCAGCACCUGCCCGUCAACCCAUCCUCGAGCACCCGCACGCCGCCGGCCAGCACCUGCCCGUCAACCCGUCCCCGAGCAGCCGGCUCCGCGCCCGUCGCUCCUCCGACCGGCGCCGCGCCCGCCCGUCCCCGAGCAGCUGGCUCCGCGCCCGUCGCUCAUCCGGCCGGCGCCGCGCCCGCCCGUCCCCAGCAGCCGGCUCCGCGCCCGUCGCUCGUCCGGCUGGCGCCGCGCCCGCCCGUCCCCGAGCAGCCGGCUCCGCGCCCGUCGCUCGUCCAGCCGGCGCCGCGCCCGCCCAUCCCCGAGAAGCCGCACUCCACGCCGCUCGUUCGUCCUUCCAGCACCGCGCCCCUCGCCUGCCUGUCCAUCAUCGUCAGCGUGCAGCACCGCCGCCGCCGCCGCGUUCAACUCCGGCGCCGCCGCGAGAAGCUCCUCCGUCUCCGCCACGUGAAGCUCCGCCAGCUCGCCAGCGCUGCGUGA